CAAACCAGUCUCACAACAUUUCUGAAUCCCUCUCUCAAAUCAAACAGAACAACAACACUUCUUCCAACUUACAAACUGAACAACUUACAACCACCGUCAAUGGCGUACCGUUCUCUUCUCUCUCUCAUCAAACAAAGAAACAACAACGCUUUAAUCAACAAUGGUUAUCAUCACCAUCAUCGUUCAGCAAGAUUUGUAACUUCCGGUGUUGUGAACAAUGACUACGAUGAAGAGACUUCAACCACUGCGGAGGUUGGUGAUGAUCUAAGAAGCAGAAUCCUGAGGCUGAGACUCCCCAAACGAAGUGCUACCAAUGUUCUUCAGAAAUGGGUUCUACAAGGGAAUUCUAUUCCUGUUUCCCAGCUUCGUGAUAUUUCUAAUGAGCUUAGAAGCUCUCAGCGUUACAAACACGCUUUGGAGAUAUCAGAAUGGAUGGUUAGUCAUGAAGAAUACGAGUUAUCAGACUCUGAUUAUGCAGACCGCAUAGAUUUGAUGACCAAGGUUUUCGGUAUUGAUGCUGCAGAGCGCUACUUUGAAGCUUUACCACUUGCUGCAAAGACAUGUGAGACUUAUACCGCCCUCCUCCACUCAUACGCAGGAGCAAGAAUGACCGAAAAAGCCGAGGAACUAUAUGAAAGGAUAAAAGAUUCAAACCUCUCCUUUGACGCUCUUACUUACAAUGAAAUGAUGACUCUUUAUAUGUCAGUCGGGCAGGUUGAAAAGGUCCCAUCAGUUGUCGAAGACCUCAAACAACAAAAGGUUGCUCCGGAUAUGUUUACUUAUAAUUUAUGGAUAAGUUCAUGUGCUGCUUCUCUUAAUAUUGAUGAAGUUAGAAGGAUUCUUGAAGAAAUGAGUAACGGUGCGGGUUCUGAUGAAAGUUGGAUUCGAUAUUUGAACUUGGCCAACAUAUAUGUUACCGCAGGUCAUCUCAAUAGUGCAAGUUCGAGCUCACUUGUUGAGACCGAGAAAAAGAUCACGCAAAGUCAAUGGAUAACAUAUGAUUUCUUGAUUAUUCUUUAUGGCGCGAUGGGAGAUAAGAAUAAACUUGAUCAUAUAUGGAAUUCAUUGAGAAUGACGAAACAAAAAAUGAUUAGCAGGAACUAUAUCUGCAUUAUUUCCGCAUAUCUGAUUCUUGAUCAUGUAAAAGAAGCAGGUGAAGUUAUUGAUCAAUGGAAACAAUCGACUACCCCAGAUUUCGAUACACAUGCUUGUAAAAGGAUUAUGGAUGCUUUUACAGACAUUGGAUUGGAUGAAAAAGCGAACAGCUUGAAUUUGAUUCUCAUUGAGAAGAAUCUCAAUCCGGAUCCGGAAAAUAAUAACUAGGAGUUAUUCGGAUUUGAUUCUGAAUUAGAGUAUACAGAUUUGAGAUCAGCAUUUCAACCUUAAGCAUCUAACAAACUAUGCAAUUCGCUAGUACAUCUCGAAUGAAUAACUUGCAAUGUAAGAUUCUAUUGCUUUUGUGGAUAUGUUCUCAGUUUCCUAUAACUUA